AUGAUAGGACGAAAAGAUAACAGGGAAAGCGAGGGCCAAAUGGAACCGUUUGGCAGUUACAAUCUUACAACCAAAGAUGGUCUUCAGAUGGACACGACCGGUGUAGCUGCUGCUCAUUUGGAAGUUAACGUGGGUGGUUGUCGCACAGAACAGGUAAUACCCAUACUGAAGCAUCAACUCGUAAAGGUGGGAAGGAAUAACAAAGAAUGCCAGCUUGUUUUGACACAUCCCUCAAUUUCUUCCAUUCAUUGUGAGUUCUGGUGUGUAUUUUUUGAUGAAGAUAGCAUUCCCAUGUUCUAUGUUAAAGAUUGUUCUUUGAACGGAACAUACUUAAACGGGUUGCUUCUGAAAAGAGAUAAAACGUACCUUUUGAAUGAUUCUGACACCAUUGAAUUAUCUCAAGGAAAUGAAGAAAACGACCAUAAAAAAAUACAGCUGGUUUUUAUGAUCAAUGACGAUUUACAGUCCUCCAUGGACCCAAAACUUUUGGAUCAAAUGGGCUUCUUGAGAGAAAUAAAUCAAUGGGAAAUAACAAAUAGGAUAGUUGGUAACGGUACUUUUGGUCAUGUUUUAAUUACACAUAACUCAAAGGAAAGCAACGAUGAUAUUUGCUAUCAUCCUGAGAAUUAUGCUGUCAAGAUUAUCAAACUGAAACCAAACAAGUUUGAUAAAGAGGCCAAAAUCCUUUUAAGAUUGGAUCAUCCGAACAUUAUUAAAGUCUAUCAUACUUUUUGUGACAGGAAUAACCAUCUUUACAUUUUUCAGGAUUUAGUUCCUGGUGGUGACCUCUUUUCUUAUUUAGCCAAAGGCGAUUGUUUAACUUCCAUGUCCGAAACGGAAUCAUUAAUAAUUGUCUUUCAAAUCUUGCAAGCGUUAAACUAUCUUCACGAUCAGGGUAUUGUUCAUCGUGACUUGAAGCUAGAUAAUAUUUUGUUAUGCACCCCUGAGCCAUGUACUAGAAUUGUCUUGGCCGAUUUUGGUAUAGCUAAAGAUUUGAACUCUAACAAGGAGAGAAUGCAUACCGUAGUAGGGACACCGGAAUACUGUGCUCCCGAAGUGGGAUUUAGAGCAAACAGAAAAGCCUAUCAAAGCUUCUCAAGAGCGGCUACUUUAGAGCAACGAGGUUAUGAUAGUAAAUGUGACCUAUGGUCCCUGGGUGUUAUUACACACAUUAUGUUAACGGGUAUUUCUCCGUUUUAUGGUGAUGGUUCUGAGAGAAGUAUUAUUCAAAACGCAAAAGUUGGCAAACUAAACUUUAAAUUGAAGCAAUGGGAUAUUGUUUCGGAUAAUGCGAAGGGUUUUGUCAAAGAACUUUUACAAACUGAUGUAACUAAACGACUAAAUGGUAAACAAAGUCUUGAGCAUAUUUGGAUCGCAAAACAUUUAAGUCAAUUGGAAAGGUUGUAUUACAAGAAAAUACUGUGCAAUAAUGAAGGACCUAAAUUAGAAAGUAUGACUUCAGAUUGGAAAAGAAAGUUACCCAAAAGUGUUGUCAUUUCUCAGGUCGUACCAAAGAAGAAGAAAGUUUUGAAGUGA